UCGAUGUAAACCUGAAGUACCGUUAGUCAGUACCGUGUGCCGUUAAGAAGCUUUCGUGUCAUCGAUAGCGAUAAUUACGCGCGUGUGGGCGUGGGCGAGCAGUAUAUUCGUCGGUGCUGGGAGGUGUGUGCAAAAAAGACUAAAUUCCGAAAGGAAUUCGAACAUCUCAGGUCUAAAUCUCCCAUAUCUAUAUAGUACACGCCAGUUCACGGUGUGCCCGCGUGUUUAGAAAACGCAAAACAAAACGGAAAUCAAAAAGGAAGGAAAACAGAAUGAAGAAAUAUAGUUGUAUAUAGAAGAAAUUAAAUGAAACAGCACGUACGCUGUCUCGUAAUCAAUGAUUACGCCUACAAAAAGUAUAUAGUACUAGCCGAUCGAUUAGCUGGGGGAAACUAGUUGAAUCUUUCAGUAAUCUUCGAGGGGUUCCAGCAGUCGCUUAGGUAAACCAGGGAAUCUACGAGGUGCAACGUUUAAUCAUCAUACAAUCUAAUAAUAUUUUUUAAUGGUUUCAAGGUUCAUAAAAGUAUUUUGAAACCUUAUUUCGCGCCAUUCGGUUUCUGUUGCUCCUUUAUUUGGGAAAAAUACAAUUGUUUGAGCUCAUUAAAAUGCCAAGUUCAAAGGCAUCAAACGCGGCGCGUCUAAACAAACAACCCGUAAAAUAAUUCAACUGAAGGAUUAAUGUGAGAACACAUUGUUGGAGUUUUUGUUUCUAUUGCCGUUCAAUUGAGUGAACUUUGCGUUCGAUUGAGCGCAAUUGAUUAACAGAUUAAUAAGACAGCAAGAGCGCAAGAUGCUCUCCAUGAUAAUUAGUUUGUUGUUUCGAUUCUAGAAAAUGCACGGAGAUGGAGAACUCAGCAUAACUGCAAAUCGUAUUAUCAACUGGAAACAUUAAUGUUUUAGUACGGGUCUUGAGUAAUUAGUUCAAGGUUAUCGCCAGAAUUAGCACCUAAAAAACGGGGCAGCAAACAAAACGUAAAAAGUCAUAACAAUAACACAAUAAACAUGUUCUUGAACCUAAAAAUCCGAAUCGGAAAAGUGUUGAUUAUCAAAUUGAGUGUAAUUGACUCGUUUAAUUGAGUGAGUGUCUGCCACGAGAAGCUGGGGAUUUCUGUUUGUGUUUUCUUCAUGUUUGGAUUAUCUCAAAUGUGCCGACAGAAAACAAAAAAGCCAAACGAAAACAUAAAAGUUUCAUACAAUAAAUGACAGGCCCCCAGACCCAAUUGAUAAAGCUUUGAAGGUUAUUAAAAUAAUUAUAGAAAAAAGUAAUUGGAGCAAACUAAAAUAUAUAUUAUAUUCAGUUCUCAAGCUAAAUACACUCUAAAAUAUUAAAUUUAUAACAAAUUACUGAAAAUAAAAAAAUGUUUAUCAAAAUGUAUAAAAAGAUACGAAGAUAAUUAUCGAAUGCAAUUCUUCUGUUUUUAUACUUUUAAGGCUAAACCUUAAGUCGAAAAAAUUUUAGUUUAUUAUCCCGAUUUAAAAAUGUUGAAAGUGUCCGAAGAGAGUGAUCACCGCAGACUUAGUAAUUGGUUAAACGUGAGCGACAUGAAUGGAACAAUUCACCUGACCAAGGAUAUGGAGUUCAAUGAUGGCCAUCGAUUGUCCAUCACAGUCUACAGCAUACUGUUUGUGAUCUCAACAAUUGGCAACAGUACCGUGCUUUAUCUGCUGACCAAGCGGCGACUGCGCGGUCCCUUGCGGAUUGAUAUCAUGCUAAUGCAUCUGGCCAUCGCCGAUCUAAUGGUGACGCUGCUCCUUAUGCCGAUGGAGAUCGUGUGGGCCUGGACGGUGCAGUGGCUCUCCACGGAUCUGAUGUGCCGCCUGAUGAGCUUCUUUCGCGUCUUCGGGUUGUACUUGUCCAGCUACGUGAUGGUUUGCAUAUCGCUAGACAGAUACUUUGCCAUACUGAAGCCGCUCAAGCGGUCCUACAAUCGGGGACGCAUCAUGUUGGCCUGUGCCUGGCUGGGCUCUGUCGUGUGCAGCAUCCCCCAGGCCAUUCUCUUCCACCUGGAGGAGCAUCCCACCGUCAAAGGCUACUUCCAAUGCGUCAUCUUCCACUCGUUCAGGAGCGACUUUGACGAAAAGUUGUAUCAGGCUGCCUCGAUGUUCAGCAUGUAUGCCUUUCCCCUGAUCAUGUUCAUCUACUGCUAUGGCGCCAUAUACCUAGAGAUCUAUCGGAAGAGCAAACGCGUCCUAAAGGACGUGAUCGCUGAGCGUUUUCGGCGCUCCAACGACGAUGUCCUUAGCAGGGCUAAGAAACGCACCCUCAAGAUGACCAUAUCCAUAGUGAUUGUGUUCAUCAUUUGCUGGACGCCGUACUACACCAUCUCCAUCUGGUACUGGCUGGACAAGCACUCCGCGGACAAGAUCAAUCCCCUGGUCCGCAAGGCGUUGUUCGUCUUCGCCUCGACUAACUCUUGUAUGAAUCCGUUGGUAUACGGGCUCUACAACAUUCGCGGGCGGAUGAACAACAAUAAUCCGUCUGUGAACAACAGGCACACAUCCCUGUCCAACCGCCUGGACUCCUCCAAUCAGCUGAUGCAGAAGCAGCUGACCAACAAUUCUCUCAUCAACGGACGUGGCCAAGUGAUAGCUGCUGCUGUGGCAGCCACCACAAAGUUGGCCAAUGUUGUCAGCCUGAAGGGCACUGCCAAUUCCAAUGGUUCUGCUGCAGCCGUGGGAAAUGGUGAUGCUAUUAUUCCCCCAUCUCCGCCUUUGACAGUAUCCAUCGCUCCGCUGGCCAGUGAUGAUGAGUCCAAAGAUGAUUCCAGCGUCAGUGCCGUCACUAUCAGGUGCCAGGAUCAAUCCAGGUCCCGCCAGAAGUAAUUUCGUGGUGGCGACUCCAUCGAAAUGACCAGUGUGGUUAAGUAAACAAUAUCAAAUAGAGCUCCGAGAGCAACUGGAUGAAUUAGGCGAUCUGCUACUGUUCAUCUGGAGGAGAAGUCGGCUUGGAACAAAGGGCAUUUAAUUUGCUAACCAGCUUAGUUUGGAAUUUGCAUCAUAAAUUCUUUUGGCAUUUGCAUUUAGCUAGAUACAAAUUAAAAUGUUUUCAAGACAACAAACGCCAAAGCAGGAAAGAAACUUCGUUUCGUUUUUGGGCCAUCAAAUGUUUGGAAAACAAAGCUGACGCUUAGGAAAUACGCUUAAGAUGUAAUACCGCUUACUAUUAGAUAUACUCUAGUUAGUCAGAUUAUUGCUUAAUUUAAAAUAAUUUAUUCAUAACAAAUAAUUAUAAACGAAGUCGGAAUAAAAAUAUGUUCAAAAAUUGUAAAAAAAAACA